AUGGCGAAGCCGGAAGUCGCGAACACACGCGACGCCAACUUGGCCCGGUCGGUUCCGGGCAAGGACUCGCGGCGGCAACAGAUGGCUGCGUCCUUGGCCGCGUCGGACGGCCGAGAGAAUGAGUCGAAUGGAAAUUCGGAUAUCGAUAAAGUCGAUAUUCCCGCCGCGUCAGGCGGGAACGAGACUGUCGCGAAUUACAGGCUCGGUGGUCAUUCACAGCGGAAGUUGCUGUGGAUCCCCGUGGACCAGGAUCGUCAGCGAGGUGAAGCGGUUACAGGCGAUCCUCGCGACGAUCGAUCCGACGAUCACGCUCGUCGCAAACGAUCGACGUACUCGUUGGAAAAUGUCGAGUCUGACGACGAGGUAGCCGAGGACGCCGAGAGCAGCAAGGCGGCGGCGGCGGCGGCAAGCCCCGACGAGAAGCAAGACGAUAGCGAAGAAUACCUGAAUCAGAACGCGGAAGAGUUCGCGGCCGAUUCUAAUGACAGGGAAGCGGGCGUGAUGGAGGAGGGCGAAGGGGAGGACCGAGCGUCGGCCGGUCGGAGGAUCGAUCCUGUGAAGGCUAAAGUCGACAUGUUGAUCAAGCGGAGGCUCGACAAGAAGGGCGGCGAUUACAGGCGGCGAUUACAGAAGCGCACCGCUUUGGAUACGAUCGAGUAUUACGAUUACGAUGGCGACGAAGAGCAAGAGACGCGCGACGCGUUGGCGGACGAACGGGCGGACGCGGGACUUUCGCCGGACGAUAAGACGAAGAUAAAGCGCGACGGCAAAGUGCAGGUUUGUCGGCUGGGCGAAUUAGGGAAGAAGAAGAACGAGAACGAGGAGGCAGUGACGAAGGAGGAGCGCGAGAAGUCGCGAUUGAGGAACAAAGAGCCGAAGGAGGAGUUCAUCGUCGACCUCGGCGAGCCUAAGAAUAAGACCGCGGGAACUGGUCGGAAAGACGGCAAGUCGGCCGCAGAUUCGUCAGAGUCGAGCCUCGAGAAUCCGUUCGAAAACGAGCGAGAACGGUCGGUCGAGGAAAACGCGGGGAAGAUUCGUGAGAGCCAAGACGUCGUGAAUGAGAACCGUCGGGGCGAGGUGGCGGCGAGUGCGAAAUCGAAAUGGUCAGAAGAGUCGUUUGAGAACAAAAUGACAUCAUCGGGUGACUCAGAAGCGUCGUCAGGAGGUAGCUCUAGCGAGAAAAUCACUUGGAACGAUCCGUCGAAGUACGCGUCCAAUGCGCGCGUAAAUGUGGAUCCUGAUAUCAUCGAGAAUAUUUUAUCGAAUCUACAGCCGAUCAAAAUUUUGGAGCGAGAUAAGCAGUCGAAAACCGCGGAGGACCUCUACGAAGAUUUCGACGGCGAGCGGCCGGAGGAUCGUUACUAUUAUCGAGAGAACGAUCGGACGCCGUCGAACGACGUCGAGCCUCUGUACGAGGAAUUAAAGAAAGUGUACGAUUGGCCGGAGGGUGAAUUAAAGAGCGGACCCCGGCUCAGAGGCGAUCAAAGACUGCGCUAUGAAUCGGAUGAUAAGCUUGAUACGGAGCCCUCUCAAUUACGGCCAUUGGACGACGGAUUAUUCGGCUCGAAUCAAAACGACGAUGCACAGAGGAGACUCCACUCGGCCGAUGCAUCUUGGACGACCGCGGCGCCGGCGAGCAGUUAUCUCACGCUCAAAGUCACGGACGACAUGUUUAAAGGCGGCUUCGAGCAAAGCAGCGUCGUCCAGGAAAAUUCGCCGAGCCUGCCUUCCUUCAAAGCGUGCACUCAGUCGAAGGUGUCGAAAAUAACGGCAGGUGAAAGCAGCUCGCUUGCGGGUGGAAACGCGCCAGGACGACCGACGAUCGACGUCGAAACUCGCAAGUCCGACGAGCGCGACGCGCUCAAGCGAGAUGCGAAGAGGCAAACUGCGGCUAUCAGCCCGCAGGACUUGCGCGAGUCCUUCGUGGAAUCGCUGGACUGGCGCGACGACGAUUUUGACGACGACGCGAGAGUCAGGUUCGGCAGGAGCCUGAAGGCCGUGGAGGAGACGCCGAUUCCGAGCGGCGCGAACGAGACUGCGAAUUCCGAGCCUCGCGAUCCUCCGGGAGCUUCGCGCGACGAUUUAUCCACCUCGCAGGAUCGGCGCUGCAAUGCAACCGCGGGCGCGACCAUCGUCCUGGACACUCGCCGUGACAUCGGCGAUCGCAGCAUCGACAAAACGGUAGAAUCGAUCUCGACGAAUACGAUUCGCGCGGAAGAUCCUGAGGCUGCCGAGCAAACAGACGCGAAUCAGCCGACUCAGCGGAUCAGACGUUCGGCCGCGUCGUAUCGCGCGUUUGCCGACGACGCGGACGGGAGUCUGGUUGAUCGGCCGCGUCUCCGGGACGUCCUGGAGGAUCGUGCCGACGGCGUGUAUCGCGGCUACGCGACUCCGAACUGGCACGACGACAUGCUCGAGCGGUACUCGACGAGGCUUCGGAGCGUUGACUCGGGGAAGCGCGGGAAAAAUGGAAAAGCUAAUAACAAGAAGAAAAAAAAGAAGAAGAAGAAGAAAGAGGAGGAGGAGGAGGAGGAGGAGGAAGAGAAGAGUCAACUCUCUGCAAACAUCCCGCAGAAACACGCGAAGGAAGGCGGUGGUUUGCAUUCCUCUUGGAAUAAUCGGCGCAACGGAGAACGUCGCACGCAUCGAUCCGACACGUUGAAGAGCGACGAUCGAGGCGAUUGGAAGCCGAGGAAAAAUCAGAGGAGGAAGCAGAAGGAGAACAGAGCCGAGGCGUCUCGCUCGAGUGGACGUAGCAGUAGCCAGAAGAGCAGAACGGCCGAUCGGGGGCGGUCGCUUGACGCGGGGUCGACCGGGGUGUUGGGUGAAAGGGUGCUUUAUGAGAACGCGGAGGAUCAGAGUGUGAGUGUGCGAGGAGGGUCGAGGGAGGAAUACGGGACGACCGCGCGGCGAUCGCGUCUCCGCGCGGAAGUCGUCGUCGCGAGCGCCGCUCCGGAUGAUAAAAGGAGAAAAGAAUUACGGAUGAUUUUUCAGACAGUGAAGCCGCUGGAGGAUGACGCGCGGCGAAAGGAAAUUACGCUGCUCCUCGCAGCCGACAACGUCGACGACGAGUCGCAGAUGGACGUGGCGCUUCGCGGCGAGCUGGCUGGGAAAAUCGUCCGGCAGAUAUUCGAGCAGGUUGAAAAGAACGAGCGAUUGAGGAGCGUCUUCGGCCCCGGACUUGAUCGUGACUUUAAAACGGAGGACGUGACGGCGGCUUAUCCGCGGGGACUCGACGACGGCGGAGCGAAUCACACGGAGACGACGAUGAAGCGAGUCAUGGAGCUGCUCGGCAGACUGAUUCUGAACGAAGUGCAGAGGAAGACUUGCGUCUCCUUAUCCGCGGGCAUGCGAGACUUUCUAGGAUGGAUCUUGGAAGUGGAUCGAGAGGAGGAGUCGGUGGACGACGUACGUUCCGUCGUAGCGCGCGCCACUAUUCGUACCGCGCAGGCACCACCGUUGCCGUUGGUCCGCGAGAAGGUCGUCCUGGAAGGAGAUUCGGGAGCCAAAUUCUUGUUCGACAGCACCUCCGACCGAGAAGCGAACAUUAGCGACCUGCAGAAGAAAGCGCGAGUGUUGGAAUCCCUCGUGAAGGAAUACAACGCCCUGACGGCGCAAGAGAAAACGAGGGUUCAGACGGUCCACGAUUACUUGACUCGCCAAUUAAAUCUGCUCCUGCGGCAGAUCGAAGCGCGAGAGGCCGCGGAUACGAAAGCGGAGGCGCGCGCUGGAGCCGCGAGAGCUCGAACCGGGAACAUUCUGCAAUAUCAAAACGCGAUACCUAAUAAUGCUAAUGCAAGCUACCCGAUGACGACGAGGGACGCGUUCCCUUCGCCGAUCGACGCGCGUAAUUUUCUCCGGUUCGACAACGCCACGUUUGGAAUGGCAGAUCGCGUCGCGCCUCGUCGCCGAGAAACGCGCAGCCUUGACCGGACGAAGCGGCGUCACCGCUCGAGGAAGCACCAGAGCAGCGAGGAUCGCGGAAAGCCGAAGCCGAAGCCGAAGCGUCGGGGACGUCGCAAGCAUCGGGAUCGCGCGAGCUCGUCAUCCGGGUCGCGACGGAAACGCGCGAAUCCGGAAAAAAACCGUCGGACCUCACUUUACUCGGGCUACGAGGCGCCGACGAUUUACGACUCGCUCGACGUCCUCGACGCGGAAUUGACGGGCAAGCGGAGAAAGAGGGAGCAGGAGUCGGCCCGUAGGAAAGCUGGCAGCGAUGGGUCGGCCGAUUUGUUGCCGAUAAAGGGGAAGAAUCGCCUGGAAGACGAAGUGAUACUGCUCAAUAAGCGCGAGGCUUGGCGGAGGGAGAACGAGGAGCAGCUGGAGGAGGUCGCGUUCGGCAAGGACAUGAGGGACAACGCGAGCAGGGAGCGUGAACGGUUCGCGAAAUUGACGGAAGCGGACAAACGGAGGCCGACCGACGACGAGAGUCCCAGGACGAGGCGAGAGGAACUCGCGGCUGGCGUGACGGCGAACGCGAGUCGUCCCGACGGUUCUCGCGCGACGUUCUCUUCCGAGAUCGAUGACGGCACGAACGAGUUGGAGAAAGUCGCGGGAAAGAGUACGAACGGGGAGAGCGAUAACAGCGCGACGGGAGAGAACGAUCUGAGAUCGCUGGAGCGCGGCAUCAAUGUUUUCGCGGAUAACGAAAGCGAAACUGCGGACGCGAGCGAGAAAUCAAGCGCGAUAAACGCGACAUCCGAUAACCAUGUUAGGGGAGAACUCGACGCGAUAAAUUGCGAGGCAAAAAUUGACAACGCGAGCGACAGCGGAGCUGCCACAGCGGGUCCAGCGAGCUCGACAGCGGCACGACGAGAAGUCUCGAAAAUACCGAAAGAGAUACACGAUAACGCUGUUAAAUUCAACCGAGCGGAGGACGAGCUGGACCCCGAAGUCGAGUUGAAAGAUCUGAGAAAGAGAGCGGAGAGAGAGGAGAGAAUCUGCGGCGUCAUGCAUCAUGGGAACUCGACUCGCCACGGUGACGACGAUGACGACGAUGACGGCAACAGUGACCGCAUCGGUAAUAAAUUAAAAAAUAGAUGCACGAGCCGCUUCGACAAGCUGACAGUUGACGCGGCCUCAAUUCCCGGGAAUAAUUCGGAGUUUGUAAGAUCAAGAAGCGAUCAACGGUCGACCGAUGUUGUCGACUGGAAGCUAACGCCGAUAACGAGGCGACGGGGGUGUAAACGUCGGCGUUCGUUGAUGCGAGAGAAUUAAUUCAACCGAUGGGGUUAAUUCAACCGAUCUUUCUCUCCCGCGCGGUUAAUCGACACGGCGCAAUGUGACGCGUCGAGGGGAGGGAGAUAAAAUACGGUGCGAAGCAACGUCGACGAGUGUAAUUCGGGUGAAAAAGAUUUCUCUCUCUCUCUCUCUCUCU